GGGGCUGCGCACCGAGACCCCCGGGGACAGAGACUCGCUCCCCCUCCUCUCCAAACCCACGUCGCCUCGCAGCGUUCCCACGGGGAGGAGCCGGCCAACCGGAGUCACUCGGCGUCACCAAAGUUUGAUUCUCCUCUCCGGGAGGAGUCUCCGGGCCGCGGUCCCUCCGGGCACCGGGCGCCACCGCCUCCCAGGCCGGGACCCGCGUCUCCAUCGCACCCAGUUGGAGCAUCAAGUCCGGAGACGCUGCGGGCCUGCGCACGCGCCGCCGCCCUCGCCCUCCUCCCCGCGGUGCUCCAGGCCCCCCGCACUCCCCCCCCCCCAAGUUCACGAGUUACUGGAGUGGACGGACGGCUGGGAGCCCGCGCAGGGCCAUGGAGGAGCCGCUAGGGUCACCGCCCGCCGCCCUGUCGGCUCUGGAGAAGAACGUGGCGGAGCUGACCGUCAUGGAUGUGUACGAUAUCGCGUCGCUCGUGGGCCACGAGUUCGAGAGGGUCAUCGACCAACACGGCUGCGAGUCCAUCGCACGCCUCAUGCCCAAGGUCGUGAGGGUCCUGGAGAUCCUCGAGGUGCUGGUUAGCCGGCACCACGUCGCUCCCGAGCUAGACGAGCUGCGCCUGGAACUGGACCGGUUGCGCGUAGAGAGGAUGGACCGCAUUGAAAAGGAGCGCAAGCAUCAAAAGGAGCUGGAGCUGGUGGAGGACGUGUGGCGGGGUGAAGCACAGGACCUCCUGUCCCAGAUUGCCCAGCUGCAGGAGGAGAAUAAGCAGCUGAUGACCAACCUCAACCACAAGGACGUGGGCUUCUCCGAGGAGGAGUUCCAGAAGCAGGAAGGCAUGUCAGAGCGUGAGCGGCAGGUGAUGAAGAGGCUGAAGGAGGUGGUGGACAAGCAGAGGGAUGAGCUCCGAGCCAAAGACAGGGAGCUGGGCCUGAAGAAUGAGGACGUCGAGGCUUUGCAGCAGCAGCAGACGAGGCUAAUGAAGAUCAACCAUGACCUUCGGCACCGGGUCACCGUGGUUGAGGCCCAGGGGAAAGCCCUGAUUGAGCAGAAGGUGGAGCUCGAAGCAGACCUGCAGACCAAGGAGCAGGAGAUGGGCAGCCUGCGGGCUGAACUCGGAAAGCUUCGCGAGAGGCUGCAGGGCGAGCACAGCCAGAAUGGGGAGGAGGAGGAGGCUGAGAUCCAGCCGCAGCCAGAUGGAGAGGAAUCGAUUUCAGAUGCAGAGAAGGCCGCCCUGGACCUCAAGGACCCCAACCGCCCGAGGUUCACGCUCCAGGAGCUGCGGGACGUCCUGCACGAGAGGAACGAGCUCAAGUCCAAGGUGUUUCUGCUGCAAGAGGAACUGGCCUACUAUAAGAGUGAAGAAAUAGAAGAAGAGAAUCGAAUACCCCAGCCUCCGCCCAUUACACACCCGAGGACGUCCCCCCAGCCUGAAUCGGGGAUCAAGCGACUGCUCUUUACAGCCGUCAUGCCCAUGGUGGCAGCUGGAUUGAUCCUUGACGACCCCACGCUACAGCCUGUCAGAAGACUCGUGUCCCUCGUUUAGCUUUUUCUCCCGGGACAAGAAGCGCCUGGCCAACACGCAGAGACCCACACACAUCCACGAGUCCUUUGGCCAGUGGGCAAUUACCCAGCGAGAUGACGGGUACACAGAGCAAGGACAGGAAGCCCUGCAGCACCUGUGACUGUACCUCUGCCUGGACUGCCUGCCACCAGCUCUAGGUGGCGGCCGCCUCAACAUCAGUUCCUCAAACGAACUGUCUGCUUUGAGGACUGAUGACGAAAAACUGAUGCCAAAUUUGAAAGAAGUGUUUUAUUUAUCUGCAGGGCUACCCAGUUUAUACUCAAUGCCUCGAAACCCUUAGGACCUCUAUUUAAUAAGAUGAGGAUAUGAAACCAGACCACAUUAAUUUCAGUUAACAGGCUUUCUAAGCUGAACACUUCGCCACUAUCAUAGCUGUUUGACUCCUAGGUUUUGUUUGUUUUCUUACGGCCUUUGUCGGUGAGGAGCAGAGGAAGGGAGUUUUAUAUCAUGAAGUUGCCCUGGAGGUAGCAGGCUAUACAUAACAGGAAGCGUGAAUCGGACAGGUGGAGCCUCGGAUCAUAGGAUGGACUACCCAGUUUGGCUGGGACACAACAGAAAAUCAUGCAGUUCUAGCCACUCGCUAGAAACAACCACAGGACUGUCACACUUUGUUCUGAUAAAGCUAGAGGCCCAAGAAGCCUGUCCGAGAUGGUGUGCCUUGGAAUCUGCUGUGAGCUACGCAGUACUAACCAAACAAUGUUGUUUAGGAUGAGACAUCAA